UGUGAACUGAGGUUUGCUGGGACCUAAACUGAACUAUCUGAACAGAAGCCACCAUUUCUGCAACUUCAGGAUGAAUGGGGAUAUGCCUCAUGUUCCCAUUACAACACUCGCUGGGAUUGCUAGCCUCACAGAUUUACUGAAUCAGCUGCCUCUUCCCUCCCCACUGCCUGCUACCACCACCAAAAGCUUACUGUUUGGAGGGAGAAUUGCAGAAGAUGUCAAUUGUCUCCUGGGCUGCAGGGAUGAGAGCCUCGUUACACAGUUAGUACACAGUCUCAGCCAGGUCUCCACAGACCACAUAGAGCUGAAAGAUAACCUGGGGAGUGAUGAUCCAGAAGGGGAUAUUCCAGUUCUCCUGCAGGCUGUCCUAGCCAGAAACCCUAAUGUGUUCAGGGAGAAGAGCCUGCAGAAUAGAUACGGGGUGCAGGGCGGUAUCAUGCCUCAGCAGAUCCUCCCACACCAGCAGUACAAGCUGCCCCAGAAUUCCAUACACGGCAGCCCCGCAUCCUCUACGUUCCAGCAAUCCACCAUCUCGCACAGUCCUUCCAGCCGGUUUGUACCACCACCGUCGAGUUCCAGCACCAGAUACCUGCCUCAGCAGAACAGUCCUGUCCCUAGUCCCUAUGCUCCCCAGAGCCCUGCAGGUUAUAUGCAAUAUCAACAGCAUCCUCCAAGUUACACACAACAUCAGCAGAUACAGCAAGCCUCUGUGUCCAGUCCCCUGAUUCCCAGUGGCAUGAGGAACAUCCACGACAGUAAAGUGGCCAGCCAGAUGUCCAGUUCUUCAUCCAAUCACCAUACAGAUAAUUCUAGGCACGGAUCGACCGAGGACUACAUGCACAUGGUUCAUAGACUUGGCUCUGAGGAUGGCGAUUCCUCAUUGAGAAACACUGCUUCCUUCCCCUUAAGAUCCCCACAAGCGGUGUGUUCUCCUGCUAGCAGUGACGGAACUCCUAAAGCAUCCAGACCGCCUCUGAUCUUACAGUCACCACCUCCUUACGCCUCACCAAGGGACGCCCCACCCGAUAUUCUGCUGGACUCUCCAGACAGGAUGGGAAGCAAGAAGAAAACUAAAAAAGCCAAGCUCACAAAGGAAGAGAAAGAACAGGCAGAUAAGACGGCCAUGUAUGAUAUUGUCAGCUCUCCGUCUAAGGGCUGCACCAAGCUCACUCUGAGACUAACUCGAGUUCGCGAUCAGCAGGAUGAUCUAAUUCCAAACAUGGACGGCAAUACAGAGAACGAGGCAGAAUUGAACAAUAUGCAGUUCUCAGAACAGACUGCCAAACAGCCAGGGACUCCCAAUGAUAACCACGACUCAAUGAACAUUGCUGCUCAGUGUGAACCACAACAGGAGCAGGCCUUUCUCCAAGCACAGCAGGUCCCUGUUUUACAGCAGAACACUGCGGCCGGAGCAGUGAAGCCAACACAAUCACAGCAACAGCAGCAGGAGCAGUCCAUGACGCCGUACAAUGAGGUAGAAUUGGAUGCUUUAGCAGAGAUUGAACGGAUAGAACGUGAGUCUGCCAUGGAAAGAGAACGGUUUUCCAAGGAGGUGCAGGAUAAAGACAAACCCCUAAAGAAACGGAAACAAGACUCAUUUCCCCAAGAAACUGCUGGUGCUGGAGGAGGUGCAAAUAGGCCUGCCCUCUUGGUUAGCAUUGAUCUGCACCACGCAGGACGGACAGACGCGCAGGCAGCCCUUCCUCCAGACCCAGAGUGUGUAAAGAAACCAUCAGAGCUGGUAGUGCAGAGCACUGAGGAACCUUCAAACUUGCAGCAAGAAGCCAUGACCGGAGUAUUAAAACCUAAGCCUGAAAACCGUCUGGAGAUUCCCAGGAGGAAGUCAGAAACUGAGGGCCAAAAGAAUGACAGCCGGCCUGAUGUGAUCAAGGCCAGACCAGACACGCCAAAGCAAAGGAGCGAGAGCCAGGGUGAUGCUGCAAAAGUGAAACAUGACAACAGGCGCGACUCAGCCAAACCAUUGUCCGACAAGAGACCGGAAAUAGUGAAGCAGAAACACGAGAGCAAAUCUGAGCAUUCAAAGGUAAAAGCCGAGAACAGGUCAGAUAUGGCCAAAGUCAGGCACGAAGGGCGUCCCGUCUCUGAGGCCACCAGGGAGAAGCGAGAACAUGUGCACGAAGCACAGAAACCCAGAGCAGAGGACAAGAGCGAUGCUGAGAAGCUCAAAAUCGACCCUUCGAAGAUCAAGAGACCAGAAACACCAAAGCUGAGCAAAGGCGAGUCUGAUUUUAAAUCCGCUCGCAAUGAGAAUGUGAAACACAGCAGCAGGAUAGACGGCUCGAAACCAGUGAAAGUGGAGAAGAGAAUUCGAUCAGAAUCUGGGGAGAGAGGGGAGCGAGUGGAUCGCAGUGAGCGCUGCUCACCAGAGGAGCAGAGGCUGCAGGGGGACAGCCCAAGGAUCAGGCCGGACAAUCGAGAUGCUCCCAGAGUCAGGCUGGAUAUAAAAGAUCGAUCUGCAUUCAAACCCAGUCGCAAAUCAGACCUGCCAUCAGGAUCACUGAGCAGUAAAGAAAAGGACGAACGUAGAUCUGAGGGGAGCAGGGUCAGACCUGAUAUCCACAAACCCCCUAUUGACAGUAAAGACAAAUUUCCCAGCUAUUUGCUCGGAGGAGGCAGGUCAGAAGCACUUAAAAACUUUGUCAUUCCAAAAAUCAAACGGGAUAAGGAUGGUAAUGUUUCCAGUGAGCAGAGAGAACCAAGGAAACCUCUGGAUAAAAAUGAAUUGAAAGUUAAGGCAGAAAAACUCGAUUUGGUUGAGGAUCUAAAGAAAGGAAUAAAACCUGUUGUGGUUCUUCAUAAACUCCCCCUGGAUGAGGUGCAGAAGUUCAUAAAGGACAGUGAAGACAAAAACGCACUGAGGGGCUCCAGCAGAUCCAGCAAGAGCAGACCACCCUCCAAGCCAAGUAAAGGUGGCAUUGACCAGUCAGUGCUGAAGGAGCUGCCCCCAGAUCUUGUUGCUGAGAUCGAGUCCACCAUGCCGCUGUGUGAGCGAGUGAAGAUGAUCAAACGGAAGCGCAGCACAGUGAAGGAGAAGCCAAACUAUGCCGAAAUCAGCUCGGACGAGGGUGACAAUGAUAGCGAACAAGACUUUGAAUCCUCUAGAAAGAGACACAAGAAGGACAAGGAGGUGGAUAAAGCCUGGGAGUGUGAAGAUCGAGACCGGCGUGUCUUAAAUGAGUUGCGAAAAAGCAGCCAUUCUCACGAUGGCAGAAGAAGCUCAGGGAGCAGCAGGUAUCGGGAGAAGAGCCCAGAGUCUGAGGAGGGUUCUCCCCCACCGAGUCUCAGUGAAAUUGCCAAAAAGAUGAGGAAAAGAGAGAAACAAAAGAAGAGGAAAGCUUACGAACCCAAACUUACUCCGGAAGAAAUGAUGGAUUCCUCAACAUUCAAACGAUUCACAGGGACAGUUGAAAAUAUCCUGGAAAACUUGGAAGAUAUGGACUUUACUGCAUUGGGGGAUGAAGAUGAGGUCCCUCAGGAACUGCUGCUGGGGAAACAACAACUGAAUGAGCUGAGCAGCGAAUCUGCCAAAAUUAAAGCCAUGGGGAUCAUGGACCGGCUCCCAACAGAUAAGAUGGUGAAAGUGCUGAGUAUCCUGGAGAAAAACAUACAGGAUGGGGCCAAACUUUCCACUUUAUUCAACCACGACAAUGAUAUGGAAGAUGAAGAGAAGCUGUGGCGGGAGCUGAUUAUGGAGCGAGUCACCAAGUCUGCAGACGCCUGCUUGACUGCACUCAAUGUCAUGACAUCACCCAACAUGUCUAAAGCGGUGUACAUCGAUGAUGUGAUAGAGAGGGUCAUUCAGUUUACCAAGUUUCAUCUUCAGAACACCCUGUACCCACAGUAUGACCCUGUGUAUAGAGUGGACCCACAUUCCGCAGCAACUUCUAAACAUCACGAGGAAAACCGCUUUCAUUCCAAAGGUGGCAGUUCAAAAGCCAAGCGAGCAAAGUACUCCAGCCACAAACAGCGCGUCAUUGUCAUGUUGUACAACCGAGUGUGUGAUAUCGUCUCCAACAUCUCAGAGCUGCUGGAGAUACAACUACUGACAGACACUACCAUCCUACAGGUUUCCUCCAUGGGAAUCACACCGUUCUUUGUAGAAAACGUCAGCGAACUGCAGCUGUGCGCCAUCAAGCUGGUUACAGCUGUCUUUUCCAGAUAUGAGAAGCACAGACAGCUGAUUUUAGAAGAGAUGUUUGCCUCGCUUGCAAAGCUCCCGACAAGCAAGAGGAGUUUGAGAAACUUCAGGUUAAACAGCAGUGACAUGGAUGGCGAGCCCCUCUUCAUUCAGAUGGUGACUGCCUUGGUGUUGCAGCUGAUUCAAUGCGUGGUGCAUCUGCCGGUGACUGAGAAGGACAGCACUCUCGAUGAGGAUGGCGAGAAGAAGGUGGAUCAGGAUGUUCUCAUUACCAACUCGUAUGAAACGGCAAUGCGAACCGCACAGAACUUCCUGUCAGUGUUUCUCAAAAAGUGUGGCAGUAAACAAGGAGAGGAGGAUUACAGGCCGCUCUUUGAGAACUUUGUUCAGGAUCUUCUCUCCACAGUCAACAAGCCCGAGUGGCCGGCCGCGGAGCUGCUGCUCAGCCUGCUGGGGAGGUUAUUGGUUCAUCAAUUUAGUAACAAGUCCACAGAGAUGGCUCUCCGAGUGGCUUCACUGGAUUACUUGGGAACAGUAGCAGCGAGACUGAGGAAAGACGCAGUGUCCUGUAAGAUGGACAGGGAGUCGAUCGACAGGAUCCUGAAGCAGGUCGCUGGGAUAGAGGAUGAGGUGCAGCAGCUGCAGAAAGCACUGCUGGAUUACUUGGAUGAGAAUACGGAGACAGAUCCCUCACUGAUGUUUGCUAGGAAAUUUUACAUUGCACAGUGGUACCGUGACACCACCAUGGAGACAGAGAAAGCCAUGAAAUCUCAGAACCAGAAGGACGAUGAUUCCUCAGACGGGACGCAGCACGCCAAGGAGGUGGAGUCCACGGGAGAGAUCAUGCAGCGCGCAGAGAAACGCAAGAAAUUCCUGCGCUCUGUGAUCAAAGCGGCCCCUGCUCAGUUUAGUACACUCAGAAUGAACUCUGCCAAUGUGGACUAUGAGGACGCCUGUUUGAUUGUCCGUUACUUGGCCUCCAUGAGGCCGUUUGCACAGAGCUUUGAUAUUUAUUUGACACAGAUCCUCCGUGUUCUGGGGGAGAGUGCUAUCGCUGUACGAACAAAGGCCAUGAAGUGUCUGUCUGAGGUCGUGGCUGUGGACCCCAGCAUAUUAGCAAGGCUGGACAUGCAGCGCGGAGUACACGGUCGUUUGAUGGACAACUCCACCAGCGUGCGGGAGGCAGCCGUGGAGUUACUCGGGCGCUUUGUGCUGAGCCGACCCCAACUGACGGAGCAGUAUUACGAUAUGUUGAUCGAGAGGAUACUGGACACCGGCAUCAGCGUGAGGAAACGGGUCAUAAAGAUUCUUCGUGAUAUCUGUAUCGAACAACCCACCUUCUCCAAAGUGACUGAGAUGUGUGUGAGAAUGAUUCGCAGGGUCAAUGACGAAGAGGGAAUUAAGAAACUGGUGAAUGAAACCUUCCAGAAGCUGUGGUUUACCCCAACGCCGCCUCACGACUCGGAGGGAAUGACCAGGAAAAUUCUCAAUGUCACCGAUGUGGUGGCAGCGUGCAGGGACACUGGCUACGAUUGGUUUGAGCAACUUCUUCAGAAUUUACUAAAGUCUGAGGAGGACUCAUCAUACAAACCAGUGAAGAAAGCCUGUGUGCAGAUCGUGGAUAAUCUGGUGGAGCACAUCCUCAAAUACGAGGAAUCGCUUGCAGAUUCUGACAGCAAAGGCAUGAACACCAACUGCCUGGUGGCUUGUUUAAUCACUUUGUACCUGUUCAGCAAAAUACAGCCUCAUCUAAUGGUCAAGCAUGCAAUGACGCUUCAGCCGUACCUCACCACAAAGUGUAAUGUAAGUAUCCUGUCCACCUGCACAACAUCUCACAGCACACACACCCAAGCCAAGGUUUUAUAUAUAUAUAUAUAUGUAGAGGUAAAUCUAAACUUACAUACAUUGUUAGACCAUAGUUAGAAUAUUGUUGUAUUGUUCAGUAUUGUUUCCCCCAUUUUAGGAAAGACGUUGGGGUGAUAGAGGAGGAGGGUAACACCAGGAGGAGGGGAUCCUUGCAAUAAAGAAGGUUGAAGGUGACCUGAUCGAGGUCUUUAAAAUUAUGAGGGUUUUUAAUAGUCAAUAGGGAGACAUUAUCCCCACUGGCCAAUGUGUCAGUGACCAGAGGGUAUUAAUUUAAAUUAGUUAGUAGCCCAGCAAAUGGGGAGGUUUGUAGACAUUGUUUCAUAAACAGAGUG